AUGGCAGGCGGAGCGCGGCAUCGCGGCUGGCCGAUAGCGACGUUGGCGGCGCUCUUCGUGUUGCUGGUGCGCCCGGCAGCGUCCAGCUGGGCCGACACGCAGCCCGGCUACCAGCAGUGCAUCACCGAGUGCUGGAACGACGGCUGCAUCGAGAGCUUCGUCGCCGAACCACUCUGCAGCGCCCCCUGCCUGCAUCCAACCGGGUCCGCGCGGGUCGGCCUGAUCGAGUGGGAGUGCAUGGCGGACUGCAAGGCCCUCUGCGCGGACGUGUUGCAAGUCCACUGGCGGCGCCAGUUCCAAGACCCGGGCUUCGCGGAGAAGUUCUACGGCAAGUGGCGCUUCCGCAGGGUCCUGGGCUUCUACGAGUUCGCCUCCGUCGUAUUCUCCUUCGGAAACCUCCUCGUGCACGUCGUCGGCGCCGCCGUGUGCCUCCGGCGCUUCUACCUCCGCCGGCCGCGCGGCGUCCCCGCGCCGCCCCUCCGGCAGUGCACCUGGCUCCUCAUCCCCACCACAAGUGUUUGUUGCUGGGCCAUGUCAAUUUGGUACCACUCGCGCUCCUCCCUGGACUCCCUCUGGCCCGAGACCGUCGACACGCUCACCGCGGCCAGCGCGCCCGCCGGCGCCGCCGUGCACGCCGUCGUCCGCGUGCCGGAGCUCUCCGGCGCCCCCGCGGCGCUCGCGGCCGUCGCGGGCGUCGCGGGAUACGUCCUCCACGUCGUGACGAUGCUGCGGGGCCGCGUCUGGGACCUCCCGCGGCAUAUCGUUGUCUGUGCGGUGCUGUACGGGUCGCAGGCCGUCCUGUGGUGGGCGUGGGCGGCGACGCACGGACGCACGCACCCGGGGGUGCGGUUACUGGUUGCGACGCACGCCGCGAUCGGCGCGUCGUUCCUGCUCGAGGCGUAUGACUUCCAGCCGCUGUGGGGGCUGUUUGACGCGCACUCGCUGUGGCACCUGGGGACGUUCGUGUCGACCCCGCUGUGGUACGCGUUCCAGUACGCGGACCUGCGGCAUCUCGAGGACGCCCGGGCCGCACCCCCAGAAGAAACCAAGAAACGAGAAUAG